CUCACUGCUGCAUUUAAGCAUGAUCCUCUUCACCUCUGCACUGAUCGCUCUCCUCUCCUCCUCAGGAGCGAUGGAGAGCGGGAUUGUUGGAGGAAAGGAAGUUAAAGCUCACUCCAGACCCUACAUGGCAUCUCUUCAGAGUGAUGGAGAUCAUAAAUGUGGAGGAUUUCUCAUCAGAAAAGACUUCGUACUGACUGCAGCCCACUGUCUGGAUACCAGUACCAGUGAACCUCAAGCUGGUCGCAAAUAUCUAGAGGUUGUUUUGGGGGCUUAUAAUAUUAAGAAGAAAGAGACCAACCAGCAGAGAAUCCAAGUGAGGAAAUACUUCAUGCAUCCUAAUUACAACAAGUACAAAAAAGCAGGUGAUAAAGAGAAAGUUUACGCUGUGGAUAUCAUGCUACUAAAGCUGAAGUCCAAUGCGACGCUCAAUAAAUUCGUUAAAGUUGUGGAACUGCCUAAAAAGAAGGGUAAAACACCAGCCAGUGUAAAAUGUAAAAUAGCAGGCUGGGGCAUGAGGAAGCCAGACAAACAAGAAGCAUCAAACGUGUUGUUUGAGACUUCGGUCACACUGCUCAGCGACUCAGAGUGUGGACGGGUCUGGCAGAAUUACUAUGACCCUGCUUGUAUGAUGUGCUCUAAGACAACUAAGGACAGUACGUUCUGUCAGGGGGAUUCAGGAGGACCGCUGAUGUGUAAUACUAAGCCAUCUGGCUUAGCUAUCUACACUUCUCAAGAUGAAUGCAAUAACCCUCAGUAUCCUGGAGUCUAUCUCAACAUUUCUGCAUUCCUUGACUGGAUUAAAAAAGUAAUGGGCAAGACAGAUUAAAGUUGUUCUUAUUCUGCAUCGAAAACAAAAAGCUUUGUACUGUAU